ACUCCUCCUUCCUUCUUGCCCGCGGGACAAGAAAACGAUCUGCAUAUUUUCCCCUCUUUCCCUCUUCUCCGACGACAUUCCGUUCUCUACACCAAUUCAUCAAAUCCUCCGUUUUCUGCGUCGCCGCCGGGACAUCGUCGACCAGAACUCGCUCUCCUCAUUGAAGCUACUUUCAGUCUAACAGAAGAUCAUGAAGCUUGACACGACUGGUCUCGAGUCGGCUCUGCCGCUGUUCGGUGCGAACUGCCAGAUGGUCGAUGGAUUCACCGCUGCUCCAGCUUUUGAACUUCCCACAACUCUUGAUUUCGAUGGUUUCCAGAAGGAGGCUAUACAGAUGGUGAAGCCGGCAAAGGGUACAACCACGCUGGCUUUCAUCUUCAAGGAAGGUGUCAUGGUGGCUGCGGAUUCUCGAGCCAGCAUGGGAGGCUAUAUCUCUUCUCAAUCUGUGAAGAAGAUCAUCGAAAUCAAUCCUUACAUGCUUGGUACCAUGGCUGGUGGAGCUGCCGACUGUCAGUUCUGGCACAGAAAUCUUGGCAUUAAGGUAUGCCGUCUGCAUGAGUUGGCAAACAAGAGGAGGAUUUCUGUCACUGGGGCAUCGAAGCUCCUUGCUAACAUACUCUACUCUUACCGUGGAAUGGGUCUCUCAGUUGGGACUAUGAUUGCUGGAUGGGAUGAAACAGGUCCGGGUCUAUAUUAUGUAGAUAGUGAAGGAGGAAGGCUGAAAGGACCAAGAUUCUCUGUUGGAUCUGGUUCCCCAUAUGCUUAUGGUGUGUUGGACAGCGGGUAUCGGUAUGAUAUGUCAAUCGAAGAAGCCGCGGAGCUAGCUAGAAGAGCUAUAUACCAUGCAACAUUCCGUGAUGGAGCCAGUGGUGGAGUUGCCAGCGUUUAUCACGUGGGUCCGAAUGGAUGGAAGAAGCUAUCCGGAGACGACGUCGGUGAAUUGCACUACAAGUACUACCCGGUUACGCCCAGCACUGUGGAGCAGGAAAUGGUUGAAGUAUCUGCGGCAUGAGGUCCUGCGUUAUAUAAGAGCAAACUGAAAUGGGUUUAGUUCGCCAUGGAUCCAUCUAGCUGAGAUAUUGCAAACUAUGGGAUAGAUCUUGUAUCAGAUUUAUGGUUUUUCUUGCCAAUGUUAAGGUAUUCUGCCCUCCUGUUUCCAGUUCUGCGUUAACAUGUUGCGAAUAAUUGUUGAACUUGAUUUGAGACAGCUUAUCCUCCUUCCUCCAUAGUUUCUCGCUCGCAUGCAUGUGGAUUGGUUUGGCCUUCAGUUGUUGAGCGUUGAGUUAAUCUUAGUUAGAAAUGACAAUUUUGAAUAAUUCACCCAGACCAUUGGCCACCUUAUGGGCAGGUAUACGUAAUCCUA